UGCCUGGCCGAGCUCUCCCUGGCGCUCUCCGUCUCGCUGGACGUCAGCCUGGCCAAGCCGCAGCUGCAGAGCGUGGCCCUGGGGGUCUGGGGGCUGCACGCCGAGCUGCACGAGGGGCUCUUCCACAGCGAGCUGCUGCGGCGCAUGGGCGGCCGUCCCGGGAAGGGGGCAGAUUCCCCGAAGGCCCUCGGUCUGGGCCUGGCCGGCCUGAAGUACCUGCCCUCGCGGCUGAAGGUGGAUCUGGAGAACAGCAGCCUGGUCCUCUCCAUGAACAGCCAGAAGAGGCACCUCAGCUGGACCCUGAAGCUGCUGCAUUUCGCCCACCAGUGCGACGAGGAGCAGAUCCCCCUGCGCAGCUUCACCCCCACCUGCGACCUGCCCCAGAUGAGCGUCGAGCUGGUGCUGGAAGAUGGGCUGCUGCUGUCCCAGAGCCGCCAAAGGAUCGUGUGCCUCAACCUGUUGAAGGCCAGCCUGCAGGUCAUGGCCAUCGAUGUCUCCGUGGCCGUCCUGCUCAACACCUGCAUCGUCCACUACCGGCACCAGGAGUUCUGCCACUGGGCAGCCAUGCUGGCCGCAGCCGAGCGCAGCCCCGCCUGGCCCCUCUCGGCCCAGCACAGCCCCCCCGGCCCCAG